AUGUCAACUGUAUUACCAGUAGAUAUCCCACCAAGCAUUUUAAGACCAAUCGCAUACCGUAUCCUUUCUAAAAAGUACGGCCUGAAUAUCAAAUCAGAUGGCUUAAAGGAAUUAACCAAAUAUAUAGGGAAAUGCUUUGGUAUUGGCUGGAAAAAAGAUCCCAAAUUAAUGGCAUUUUUAGAAUCAUUCGCCCUUUUCUGGAAAGAACAAGAUCGUGGCUUAUUUAUAACUAGUGAAGGAGUUAUUCAAACACUUAAAGAAUUGAAAGAACGAGAACAAUUGAGAAAUGCUAAUACCACUGCCAGUGCCACUACAAACAGAGAGAAGGAUACACUGUCAGGUAAAAAAAAUUCCAUUGUCAAAUUAGAUAGUUUUUUAACAAAAAAAAAAGCUGCUAUAAUGAACAACACAUACUCAGAUACUACUGAUUCAGAUAUCGAAUUAGAAGAAACUGAUAACGAACCUAAUCUCACUAAUCAUAUUAAUAACAAUCCGGAGAAUAUCAACUUUGUAGACUCUAUUCAAUGGGAAGAUUAUUUUAAAAUCGUAACUUGUUUCAAUCAACAAAAUUUCCAAUACAAUUCAAUUAAAAAAAAUUAUGUUUUAAAGAUAAAUGGUUCAGGCCUAAACAAUAAUAGAAUUCCUUCCAAAAUUAUACCCACUUUCCAAAACACAAGAUAUUUACUAAUUAAAGACAGACUACUAAGAAGGGAAGAAUUUAACAAUGAAGACCAAGAAUUUUUUAAUCCUCUAUCCUCAUUAAGACAUUUACAAAACGAUUUGGAAAAUAAUGCAUUAAUGAGUACCGGCAAUAUACAAAUUACACAAAUUAAAAAUUUAUUGGGUAGAAACGGAGAAAAUUUCCUACUAUUGGGGUUGCUGAGAAUCAGUGAAAGAGGUUCCUGGUGUUUGGAGGACCCUAGUGGUUCUGUCUGUAUAGAUUUAUCCCAAACUAUCCCCUUGAGUGAUACUUAUUUUUUCCAAGGCUGUAUUGUGUUGGCCGAGGGUAUAUAUUAUUCCGUGGGUGAUAAAUUUUAUUUAACUUCUAUCUGUUCGCCAGAGGCUGAACUUAGAGAAAAAACCUUGGAUAGCAUAGGUCAAUUAGACCUAUUAGGAGUACAUAGCAUGUCCACUGAAACCUAUUAUAGUAGAUUUGAUAACGAAUUAAGAGCUAAAUUAUUAACUUUAGAAUCUAGUUUAGUCAACAAUAGAAUAUUUGUUUUAGGUGGGAAUUUAUAUUUGGACGAUUUACUCACUUUUGAAGCAUUAAAAAAAGUUUUCAAGAAGAUAGAUAUGGAUCCACCAACGCUGUUAAUUCUACAAGGCUCAUUCACUUCUGUUCCAAUUCAUCCUUCAUUAACUAGUUCCAGUUCAAGUUUAUCAAAGGAAUAUCAAAAUGGGUUUGAAUACUUGGCAAUAUUAUUAUCUGAAUUUGAAAAUUUAAUUAAUUACACACAUUUUAUAUUUGUACCCGGUUGUAAUGAUCCAUGGAGUAGCAUGUCUUCUUUGGGUACAACAUCAAAUUCAUUACCGCAAGCCAAUAUACCCAAGUUUUUUACAACACAUAUUCAAAGAAUGGUUAAACACUGUGAUUUUGUUACCAAUCCCGCCCGUAUUGCAUACCUGUCCUCAGAAAUUGUAAUUUUUAGAGAUGAUAUUAACUCAAGAAUGAAAAGAUACAAUAUUACAUUCCAAAAUAGAAAAUCGAUCACUAAUAAUGAAGAUAACGAUCUCGAAUUAGAAAUUAAUAGGCUUGUUCCAAAUGAUAAUCAAGUUCCAAUUAAGAUUAGGGAAGCAAGAAAAAUCGUAAAAACAGUGCUGGAUCAAUCCCAUUUAUCACCCUUUAUGACUAGUCUUAGACCUAUAAACUGGGAACUGGAUCAUACUCUGCAACUAAAUCCACUUCCAACAAUCCUUCUUUUAACAGAUACAACAGCCCCUACAUUUGAAGUUACGUACAAUAAGUGCAAAACCAUUAACACUGGUACUUUCAUUACACAAAGAAGGAAGGCGAAUUACAUAGAUUUGAACCUAAGUUCCAAAAAUUGUACUUUUGAAGAAAUUAAUUUCUAA